CUCGGCCCCCCCCCCCCGCGCGGCCCGCGGCGCCCUCCCGCACCUCCUUCGGCUUCGCCCGCUGCCAUGGAGACGAGGCGCCGGCGCUGUGACGUCACCGGUCGGUCGCGAGGGGCGGGGCGAGGGGCGUCGCCGUGGCAACGGGGCCCGCGCGGAGCGACCGAGGCGGCCGGAGGAGGAGGAGGAGGAGGCGGAGGAAACGGCUGCGGCGCGCGGAGAGGUGCCGCUGGGGCGCCGGCGCAGGAGGCGGAGGCGGGAGCGGCGGGCCGGAGCGGGAGAGCGAGGCCGGGCGCGGCUCCCCGGCCAUGCUGGGCAUGAGUCUGCCGGUACUCGCGGGGGGCGGGCCCGCCGCCGGGCCCAAGGGUAGACUGCUCCUGCGCCUGGAGGCUCCUCUCGCCCGGCAGAAGCGCGGCGUCGCGGGCGGCCCCCGCCUCCUGGCUCCGGGAGCUGAAAAUGGCCUCCCGCGACCGCGUGGCUCUAGCCAAGUCCCGGGCGGAGAAGUCCCGGCCGCCCACCGUGCCCGUGCCCCAGGUGGACAUCGUGCCGGGCCGCCUGUCCGAGGCCGACUGGUUCUCGCUUCUGGCCUUUGAGGAGGCCGAGGACGCCGUGGGGGACCUGCUGGCCCUGCUGCUGGACCAGGUGCUGGAGGACUGCUACAAGGUGUACCUGGCUUCCCAGCGCAUCCCCUACGUCAUCAACCAAGCACGGGAGGCCAUGGUGCAGAUUAUCGAGUGGCGCUUCUUGGUGCGAGAUGAGGGCCAGGAGGACGUCUCAACAGACCCCAUGUGGCAGGAGGAUGAGGAGCCUGUGGCCUGCAUCAAAGAUCCGUGGGCAGAGGGUUCUGUGCCUGUGCUACGAGCCACGCCACACCUGGAGGAGGAGGAGGAGGAGGAGGAGGAGGAAGAGGUUCCUCCUGCCGAAGCCCCAGAGGAAGCUGCUGCUGCUGCUGCUCCCCAGGAGGCGCCUGAUGACGUGGUUCCUUCCCCGCCCAAAGCGGAGGAGCUCUCCUGCCAGCCCUCAGAAGAGGAGGCCAAACGUGUGGUGGGGCUGCCAGUGCCCGCUCCGGAGUUGCCAUCUCUGAUCCAGGCAAGCACCUCCUUCAAAGCCAGGACAGGCAGCCUGCCCGCCCGCACCUUCCAGACCAUCACCUGGCCACAGACCAGUGUGGCGCCGCUGUGCAAGGUCGAGAAGCAGCUGCUCCUGCGGCAGGUCUCCCCAAAGGAGAGGGUCCCCAGGCAGCCACAGGGCUCCCACCUGCUCUUGCCCCCCUCUUGCAGCAACCUGCUGCGGAUCCAGCUGGGCCGCCCCCCCACCAUCAAGGACGUCCUCUACGACGAGGCCGGCAACAUCACUGCGGUGCCCCGGAUGGACCCCGCCCGCCUGCCCAAGCGCUGGGUCAAGCCUUACGUGGAGGACGCGGACCCGGAUGCAGAGUCCCAGCGACAGGAGGCACGCCGGACCAUCCCAAGCCCCCACAAGCAGCCCCUUCGCCCCCAGGCCCCCCGGCUGGGAGCCGAUACUGGGGACCGAAUGCGCCCAGUGGGCCUGGCGGACAGGCAUGCCUGGGCGAGCAGGAAGCGGCUCUCCGAGCAGGUGGCUCACCCGCCUCCUCCCCUGGGGAGGACUCUGGAGCCCACCGGCCUCAUCUUCCGCAAGCCCACCCUGCUGGCGAAGGCCAUGGAGCUGGCCCCGGGGGUGACCUUGAGGAGCAGAGGCCGCGGCUGGCGGGGUGUCCAGCCUGCUGCCCCUCCGGAGGAAAGGGCGAGUGAGCACCCGGAGCUGAAGCCCAUCCCUACCCACCUACCAUCCCUCCCCACUGUGGCUGUGGAGAAGGUGGCCCAGGAGCCACGAACUGUGCCACGGAGGGCACCCGGGCAGAAGCUCUUGCCAGGUGUCCUUCAGCUCUCCCACUGACCUGCUCCCUCGCUCUCCACGCUGCAGCAGGCAAAGCAAGGAGAACAAGGAGGCUCUCCCGCCUACGAUGGCAGCCGGCAGCCUCAGCCAGAGCCCGCCCUCCUCCCAGGGACCUCUCUGUGCCCGGUGGUGCCACUCCUCCUCCCCCCAUCCUGGCCCGGCUGACGCCAUUCCACCCCUGCAGGGGGCCAGUGGGGAGAGGCCCCUGCCAGGGCAACUGGAGGGCAAGGAAGGGGGCUUGCCCUGGGCCUGUGGGUGGCUUCAGAGACCCUUUUGGCAGUUGGCUUGUCAGACAUCGACAGAUCAGGGUCAACUGUUGUCAGGUAACCGCCAUGAAUAAAUACUUAAAUUGA